AUUAUAUUAUAACUUUAUUCUUGUGUAUCUAUAAUGUUUAUACUUUAUUCUUGCAAAAUUGCAUAUUUCCUCUUUUUAAAUUUUUCUAAAAUGAUUGGCAUGAUUUUAAGUGGUUUCCUCAUAAUAUUACAAAUUUUUCAUUUAGGAAUUUUGAGGGUUAAGUUGAUAAUCGUUUUUCUGUAUUUUUAUUCUUAUUCUUAUUCUCAUAGGUUACAAAUGUAUGUUGUCAACUUUGAAUUUUCUGUCUCUUGGCGUAAUUUUUCGGGAUAUGGUUUUCCAUUUUUAGUCUCAGAUAAUGGUCAGGCUUUUUCUUCUCUUUAACCCUUAAUAUUUGGACUUUACUCUUGUAGAUUUGAGGGCUAUUUUUCCCUCAGUGACUAUACUCAUGCAUUUUUUUGGGUAUAAUUCUCAUAAUAUUCAUUUUUAUUUCUAGAAAAUGAUCUUUUUAAUUCUUAAUAUUACAGCAUUACAACAGUCUUACAACUUCAGAAAUAUAACCUCUUAUUUUUGAUGAUUACCAAUACUGUACGUUUCUGGACUACAAUGUUAGUUAUGAUGUUGCUACAAAUUCCAAAGUUUUGGGCAGUCUUCAUUCAAAUUGUUGUGUGUGCUUUUCCGUCCAUGCACAUGUUUAUUAAUGCUUUGAUGUGAGUUUCCAUUCUUGCCCAAAGAAUGGGAGCACCCAGCUGAAAUUCAAUACAAAUGAUGCUGUAGCAAAAAGAAACCUUUGCUGUUAAAUGAUACUUAAGAUUUGACCUCUCAGAUACACACAUACUGAAUAUUGAUUUGAUAAUAAUAUGCAUUGACUGCAACAUCACUUUAAUCAGAGUGUACUGCAAACCAGGCCAAUCUGCAAUUAACCUCGGCGGAUUUUACGGUUGUUCCAUAGGUCCUCGUUACUCGCAUUUCCUGGUGACAAACUCAUUAAAAGCAACGUGCUUAGCAUGGCAAGAUGAAAUUAUCCUCUCCUUGAACAUUUACACGGAUAAAAACAGUCAAUUAGCGUGGUGACAAAGAUGAUCUUCUCUGCAGUUGUGCUUGGAUGGAAAAAAGCCUGAAUCGCAUGGCGUGAGCAGAGAAACCUAAAAUAAGCAGUCACAUUUCACGAGGUCAACGGCAUCUAAAACACAGUAUCAAUGUCUUGGCUUCAAGUCAUAAUAAUAAUCCCUUUAGCUAAACCUAAUGAUCAGUCUCAGCCGUCUUUUGAGAAUUGCACACCUGUUUUAUUCUGGUUAAUUUUGUGCCAGAAAUGGAAUUGGUUUUUUUGCAGUUGCACUUAGAAUUCAUCAUGAUUAGGCCAGAUUACAAGGACACUGGCUUGAUUUACAUGACAAUUUACCAACUAUUCCACAUUAUUUGUGAUGAUGGCAACAUUUUUUUUUUGGAUGCAAUGGCUGACACUGACAAUGAUAGACGUCCAUUACACUUUGGCUGGGAGCACCGGCAGUGAUUAUGCGUGUUUCAGCUCCCAAUUAAAAUGGAGUGGAUGUCUAUCGCCGUAAUGGUGGUGAAGGGGUUAAAUUGCUUCAGCUACAGGCCCGUUUUUGUGAGAUAUGAGCAAAAAUCUAACAUGAUUGCAAACUUCUCCACUUGAUAGCGGCAUCAAAGUUAUUCCUCCAUCACUUCACAUUGGUUUGUUUGUAGUGGAAGAACAAUACUAUUUGGUGGCGUUGCUAAACCAUUAACUCUCUCAGUGCCAAAUUAAGUUAUUUGCUGGCAGCAAUGUACACCCAAUUCAUUUGAACUGGGAGGGCUGUAUGUGAAUGAUUAUAUUUCAGUGCCAUUGAUGGUAUUAGACGUCUAAUCCAUUUCAACUGAGGGAGCUGCCCUCCAAGUUGAAAUGGUAAUGAAUGAUUUACGUAAUAAUGAAAUUUAUAUUUUAUAUAGGCGGCACGAUGGGGCCUGCGACCGAGUGAUAGUCCAGGUUCAUUUAUGGUUCAUAUUUGGAAAUGGGAGCAAUUUCUUCCAUGAAUGCUCAAGAGGUAGCCAAUGGCGUUGCGAAUUCUUUUAUGAAUGCUGGCCCAUUUUUGAGCCAGUAGCAUUCUGUGUUGCGCCAUGAAUGUUGAAGUAGCUGUCAAUGGCGUUACAAGUUGCGCUAUAAACUCCUCCUACCUCUUGGCAGAGUGGUUAGCACGUCUGCUUCACAGUUUAAGGGUUCAAUCCCAGGCUCAGGCCUUCCUGCGUUGAGUUUCCGUGUUCUCCCUUUCCUGUGUGGGUUUUCUCCGGGUACUCUGUUUCCUCCUACAUCCCAAAAACAUGCAUGGAAGGCUGAUUAAACACCCUAAAUCAGGGAUGGGCAAACUGGUCCUCAAGGGCUGUAGUGGGUCUUGGUCUUUGUUCCAACUGGUCAAGCACAGACAGUUUAACCAAUGAGGUUUCUGCUGAAACAAGAAGCACGUGACUGCAAUCAGUUGAUUGUGCUUGCAAGACACCAGAUUGGUGAAAAGGUUUCCUCUUGAUGGGUUGGAACGGAAACCCGCACCUGCUGCGGCCCUUCGGGGAAUAGUUUGCCUACCCCUGCUCUAAAUUGUCCCUAUGUGUGUGUGAAUUAUUCUUCACGUCCUAUUACCCUGGGAUUUGUUACAGUCCACGAAUGCGGAAUACAAGAUUGGACCCAAGAGCAGAAAACAACUGAGGGGAUGGUUCAAGGGUUUAUUAACACAACCAAAACAAAAACACGCGAUCGCAGAAAAAGGGAGAAUAACAAAAGGGGUCCGUGACAAGAGGUCGAAGGGGAUCUAAUAACACUAAACUAGGCAUUGGGCAGCAAGCCAAUAAGAUAGCAAAAAUAAUCACACGCAAUACCUGCACAAAGUAGAGGAAUCACCAAAUGAAAAAAAAAGCUGACAAACAAACUAGUAAAUCCAAUGAGCCUCGAAAGUACAAGUGUUGAAUGGCGAUCAGCAGGCAAAUAUCUCGGCACAGUUGUCUUGGAUCGCCGGUGUUAUACACUAAUGUUGAUUAGCUUGAAUUAACUGCAAGUGCGAUGUCAGGAACGCCCACACCGCCGGCUCUGUAACAGAACAAAAUCUAAUCAGCAGCAAAAUGUGACAGGAUUGUCUGACAACCGAUUUAGGGUCAAUCCAACCCACUGCCAUAGUUAGUUGUGAGCCAGUGUUGUCACAGAUUACUUGACAAAGUAAUUUGAUUACUGAUUACGCCUAAAAAAAAAAGUCAUCUCAUUACUUUACUGAUUACUUUAUUAUUAAAGUAACUAAGUUACUUUAAAAGUAAUUUAUCAGUUUCUUUUUCCCAAAUUUUCUCCCUUUGCUGCCUCAAAAUAAGAGUCAUUGCCUGUCAUCGGAUGUAAUUGACUUUCUGAUGAUUUGAAUCUAAAGGAGAAGAUCAAGAAUUUUUCACAUAAGGCUUAAUCUUUAGCGUUAGCGGAGGUUUGAUUAGUCGAUGGAGUUGAUUUCAACCACCUUUGACUUGUGCUAGUUUAGCCGCUCCAGAGCCCUGAAACUAACAAAUAACUGAAAAACUGCAUGGAAUUGGCUCCACCGUCUAAUUAAACACCCGCUUACUCGAAGAUUAAGCCUAAUGUCAAAAAUUCUGAACUUCGGGUUAGGGUUUAGGGGUUACCAGCAUAUCAGUGCCAAUGUAAAACAAUGCAAAUUGAUCAUAAUAAUAGCCAACAACACACUAAUUAAUUGCACAGUGCAAUAAACUCAAAGGUGGGGGCGGGCGCAGAUGCUUGCGCACAACCCAAAAGUACGCCGAACACACUCGCGGUCAAUUUGGCCACAAAACGUGGCUGCAACUUAGCACUUUACACUCAAUCGGACUUAGAAACACAUCUCAAAGAUGCUAGACGAACAAGUCACCUCAUGGCAUAAAUGUGGAACACAACUAUGAUGUAAACAAUGCUUACCAACUUGGAGUGAUGUCUACCCGGCAUUGCAACGGCAAAGCUACGAAACGGCUGCCCAUGUAGGGGGUCCAGCCUAUUGCUGGAACCCUCCAGACUGAAGGAAAAAUACUCAAGUUCAUUCAUGGAUGUACACAGAUCAACAUUCCCUCGCACAUCUCAAAAGGUUGGCUGAACUCGGCUCGAAUGUGCACCCGCGUUGGCACAUGCCUUUCUCAGUACCAAAACACUCGUCACGCGUGUGACUCGAGACCAGGGGUGAAAGUGGGCCAGAACGGUCAGGAACGCAGUUCUGGUAUCGACCCUUCUCACAUGACGUCACAACCACGCCCCCGCGCCAUAUUGUCCGUCCACUCGUCACUGUUUAUGCAUUACCGCUACGUAAAUUCCUCCUAUUAUGGCGUGUUUUUCUGCUCGUUAACAUUAAUAAUCAAAAUGGUGAAGGCGUGUGUGGCGGUCGGUUGCAAUAACAGAGAAGAUAGACGGAGAGACUUGAAGUUCUACCGGAUUCCGAGAGACCCGGAGAGGAGAGCGAGAUGGGCUGCUGCAAUUCGACGAGAAAACUGGGCUCCAAACGAUUACCACAGAUUAUGUAGUAGUCAUUUUAUAUCUGGUAAGAUGCAUUUAAUAUAUAUUUAGAGGGUUUUGGGCUGACAACCACAAUUAAGAUCAUUGCUAGGCUAAUCGCCGACAACAUACACUCAGACGUUGUGAAUGAACUACCUGAAAAUAUAUAAUUAUAAGGGGAUAAUAAGACAGUUGUCAUACAAUUAAUUUACAAUUUCACUAUUGAGGUCAAAAGCCAAAAAAUAAAUUCAACUAGGGACAAUCUGGAGUAGUGCUAUCGCACUUCAUAUUUAUUACAUAUUAUAUAUGUAUGUAGUGAGAGUGCUAUCGCUAAACCAUAUAAACAUUAAAAGCCCUAGCUCCAUUGACAAAUGUCAUGAAAUACAUUAGACUUGACAGUGGAUGUUAGCCAGAACAAAAGAUUUUGAAUUGAAAAUUUCGUAACUCACCUUCCCGAGCACAAGAUAGAUUCCUGCCGAAUUUUCGUGGACGAGGACCUGUUUCACCCAACCAGCAACGAAGUAUUUAUAAGCCUCCAAGCUCUUAAAGUUUUUCAAACUUUCGUGAGAAUAGGCUGAUUUUAUGUGGACAAGAUAGUUGUAAAUAUCAGGGUAGCAGAUGUCAGGCAGAGACGGCGAAGACAGCGUGUCGAAAAACAUCGAUUUAGGCAUCAAAUAUGGGUCUGGCAAAUGGAUAAACUGAAGCUUUUCCACAUAACGCCUUUUAUGCAACGCAUCCAAUGAGUUUACAGCGUCAGAUAACACCGGGGCUUCCAUGAAUUGCUCUAUAAAUUGCACGACUAAUUGAAACCAUUGAGAAUAGGGCUAAAAAAUGAUGGACAAUAUGGCGGCCGGAUACAGCGACACGUCAUUUUGUGACGUAGGUGAGUAAGGUCUAUAAGAUUCAGGGCCAGAAUGCAGUUCCGGUAUAAGAUUCAGGGCCGAAAUGCUGUUCCGGUCUAAGAUUCAGGGCCGGAAUGCUGUUUCGGUACACUGUGCUUUGAUUCCGAAAAUAUGAUGUCAACUGUCAAAAUGCUAUGUAAAAAAAAAAAAAAAAAAAAUGCUAAGCUGCCACACAUGCAUUUCAUCUCCAAGAAGAAAACAAUCUACCAACAUCAGAUUUGCAUACACAAAUAUUAACAACAAGCAUAAUAAAGUGCUUGUAUAGCGUAAUCCGUUUCCACCAAUAUUUAUUAUUUAUUUUAUUCCACGGACGGCAUGGAGGUUUCCCCAGCUGCUGCAGUUAUUUGAUGAGUCACGUCAAUGUGCGACUGCACGCAGCAAAGCAAAACGCCUGGACUCAUUUAUCCGUUCAAUUGGCUGACAUACUGACAUGUGAUCAGCAUAGAUAGUUAGCUCACAUUGGUUCAUAUGUGCAUGUUUUCUGGAACAGCACAAAAAAAAAAGGUUGUUGAAUUGAUGCGACAAAAAAGGGCUAUGCAACAUAAAAUGAAUCAAAUCUUUAGCAACGAAAGAGUUGAGAAGGCUUAGUUAUCAUAUUUAGUUUUAUUUGCUCUGAUGGGGAGGUUCGGAACAUCUUAGCUGUCAAUGUGCACUUUGGACUUAUAUUUGUUCAUUUAUGUUAGGCUACUUAUUCAUUUCCUUAUGAUUUAAAAAAGUCAAUGUUUGCGCGAUCUUCUAAAUAUAUUCCAUUUCACUCUGCAUAAUAUAAGUCAUUUGUACUAUUUUUUCUGAAUAUACAGUAUGUUACUUAUAUGUUUAUUAUUAAAAAUAAUAAUAAUAAUAAUAAAUGAAAAACUUCAAUUUUAAUAUACAUCCUAUGUUCUUAAGUAGUUAAAAUUGAGAUUUGGCAUUUAGUGUGUGAGGAAAUGAGGGAAAAUAAAAAUUAGGAGAUGAGGCUGGGUUGUUGCUGUUUUUGUCAACUUUUAUUUUGCGAAAAAAACAAAACAAAACAAAAAAAACGAAAGAAAAACAUUUUUUAAAUAAAUAACAUUUCUGGCUCAGUGGCGACCUUCAUGUCAUGAGUUCCAGCAAGAAAUUCUAGCCACUUUCACCCCUGCUCGAGACCAAAACAGGAAGUAAAUGUGAGUGGUUACCAUGGAAACGAACACGUAGCGGGCACCUUUCUAGCAUUUUCUAUUCAAAAUGCUGUUCGUAAAUGACUACAGUACUCCUCAUUCUACAUACAUUAUGAUGCAAUAACAAAUAGUAACGCACAGACACUAAGGAAACUAACUUUAAUCAGAUUACUGGUUUGGAAAAACAAACGCGUUAGAUUGCUCUAUACUGAAGAAAGUAAUCAGAUUACAGUAGUAACAACACUGUUCUUAUCAUUGAGUAAGUGUGACUUUUUUUCUUUUAAAACUUCAUGGUGAGGGUAUUUAUAACACUGGUGCUUACAAAACAAACCCCCCACUUCUGGUGUCAGUUGGUGGACAGGAACUCACAGGUGCAAUUCAAUGUCUUAUUUGUUCUCUAAACAUUCAAAAGUGACACAUUAAGUCCCAACCUGUUGUAUUUACAUUACUGGUUGUAUUGCGUUCUCAAUGUUUAGACAGGAAGUAAUGGCUCUACCUGAGUAGGUGAUUGUAUCAGUUUUAUGAAGAGAGAAGCUCCACCUCUAUAGUUGAAGUAGGAGUGGGCGCUGACUUGAGUUAGUUGGCAGUCAGCAGCUCAGAUGAGGCGCCAUCAGAACCUAGGAGCUUCUAAGGAUCUACUAGAAUGACACAUGUCGAUGAGUGCACUGAGCCAGGAAGGGUCACAGUCUGGUAGAAAGGUCGCUUUCACUAGCACGUCCAGCGUGUUUCAUGAAAUAUGGCUAAAAAUCCCAACAUUUCAUCUGCAAUGGUGACUCGGGCUCACUGGAGCAAACCAAGACAUACUGCAGAUUUAUUUGAAAUGAUUGAAAAGAUGCAGGGGAACAGGAUGGAUGAGCAGAGAUGCACCUUCCCACCUCCGCUCAAGACCGAGGAGGACUAUAUUCCAUACCCAAGUGUCCAUGAGGUCUUGGGAAGGCAAAGCCCCUUUCCUCUCAUCCUUCUGCCACAAUUUGGCGGUUACUGGAUUGAGGGAACCAAUCACGAGUUGAGUAAAAAUGUGGACUCGUUGGAGCUGCUGCAGACUUUGUCCUCGGACACCCGCACAAAGCUGGAAUGUAACACGACAGCGUCGCUCUAUCGCAAACACUUCCUGGCCAAGGAACACUUUAAUUACUAUUCAACAGACUGUGCCCUUGGACAUCUGGUGUUCUCUUUAAAGUACGACGUGAUUGGUGACCAGGAGCAUCUCCGACUGAUGCUUAGGACCAAACAAAAAACCUACCAUGAUGUGAUCCCCAUCUCCUGCCUGACUGAGUUUCCCAACAUUGUCCAAAUGGCAAAGCUGGUUUGUGAGGAAGUCAACGUGGACCGCUUCUUUCCAGUGCUGUAUCCGAAAGCCUCGCAACUUAUUGUCACCUUUGAUGAGCAUGUCAUAAGCAACAACUUCAAGUUUGGGGUCAUUUAUCAGAAAUUUGGCCAGACUUCAGAGGAGGAGUUAUUCGGUAAUAGCCAAGAGAGUCCUGCCUUUGUGGAAUUCCUGGAGUUCCUUGGAGAGAAAAUUGAGCUUCACAACUUUAGAGGAUUUCGCGGAGGCUUGGACGUGACUCACGGCCAGACAGGCGCAGAAUCAGUCUACUGCAACUACGGCAACAAAGAGGUCAUGUUCCACGUGUCCACAAAGCUGCCUUACACCGAAGGGGACACACAGCAGUUGCAGAGAAAGAGGCAUAUCGGGAAUGACAUAGUAGCGAUUGUAUUCCAAGAAGAAAAUACUCCCUUUGUGCCUGAUAUGAUCGCCUCCAACUUUCUCCAUGCCUACAUUGUGGUCCAAGUGGUGAACCCGUGUUCAGAAAAUGUUCUUUAUAAGGUUUCCGUGACAGCACGAGAUGAUGUGCCCUUCUUUGGCCCCGCCCUUCCGAACCCUGCCGUCUUUAAAAAAGGCCUUGAUUUCCAGGAAUUCCUUUUCACUAAACUCAUCAAUGCUGAAUAUGCCUGCUAUAAAGCUGAAAAGUUUGCCAAGUUAGAGGAGCGUACGCGGUCGGCCUUGUUAGAAACGCUGUAUGAAGAGCUCCACGUUAACAGCCAGGCCAUGAUGGGCAUCGGGGGUGAUGACGACAAGCUGGAGAAUGGUGGCGGUGGAGGAGGGGGCUUCUUUGAAUCCUUCAAGCGGGUGAUCCGCGGCAGGAGCCAGUCUAUGGACGCCAUGGGGCUAACUUUCAAGAAGCCGCACGCGGUGUCCUCUAGUCUCAGCGGAAACUUUUACCACAGCGCACCCGCAGAGAGCCCCAAAUUCCCAGGGAUAUCAUUGCUUGUCCCAGGCAAAAGUCCCAGUAAAUAUGGACGUCGAGGCAGUGCCAUAGGAAUAGGAUCAGUAGAAGAGUCUUUGAUCAUCCCAGGAAAAAGCCCCACCAGAAAAAAGUCUGGUCCUUUUAGCUCCAGGCGAAGUAGCGCCAUCGGGAUUGAAAACAUUCAAGAAGUUCAGGAGAAAAGCAGAGAGAACUCCCCGAACACCCAAAAGACCCCGGACAGCGGCCACGUCUCCCAAGACCAGAAAUCGGACAACUCGUCCAAUCAGAGCUCACCUGAGGCGGUCACCGCCGCUAAGAACAGGACGCCGUCCAUCCCCGAGGUCAACGACCUUUCACGUUCCUCCUCCACUGCCAGCAGUUUCGCCAGCGUGGUGGAGGAAAACGAGGCGGCGGAUGACUAUGACACGGGCAUGGAAAGUUUGUCGUCUUCCGGGACGCCACACAAGCGGGACUCUUUCACAUACAGCACGUGGCUGGACGACAGCGUGAGCGGCGCCAACAGCAGGGGCAGCUCGCCAGGUCCUGGUAAAAGUGAGCGAGGGAAGGGAACUGACAUCCGCAUCAAACUGGAGCAACAUCGUGAUCAUCAGUCGUCGUCUAACUGUUAGCUUGGCCCGUCUGCUCGCAUCAUGGAUUUCCAUCUUCAGCAUUCCCAUAAGUCGCGGUCCUUUCGGGUGAUGAAAGAAGUGAGGCCGUUGGUCACGACCCACGUGCCAAACGCGGGAAACGAGCGGCGGGCGCAGAGUGCGGAUCAUUGCCUGCCGGCUGCUCACUAUGCCAGUGUGUGGAGCAUCCAGAAAUAAAGAGGGUGACGGACGAGACGGCCAAACAUUUUGCACAGUUUUAUUUCCUGGCGUUUUCGUUUGUUACUGAGUUGCUUAAGCUCUCAUAAACGUCGCCUUAACCUGAAUUGACUAAUGUGUAAAACAUUUGAGUCUGUCUUGUUUAUACAGGGUAGAAAGGGGUUUUCUAGAGCUCUAAGACAAAAUGAUCUCGAGGAUUUGUACGGCUUGAAGAGAUAGACAAGAUGUCAAAUUGUUUUUCCAGCAAAUUAUCCAAAGUCAUGCAGUGGCGCCUUGGCAUACGAAUGACCUGACUUUUGAGUAUUUGUUUGACUUGUGUAAAGUGGCAGCCAACUCAACACGCUUCACAAUAAGAAGCAGUUGAGCAGUUCUUUCCCAAAAGAGGCUUGAAGCUGUUCCACACUCCCAGUUAUUGUUUACUUGAAAUUUUAAACAUUUACAAGUUGUGUAUCUUGACAAAAAUUUUAACAAAAAAUGUGAAUUGCAGCAUGAACGUAGCAUUGCAGUAGAUGGUAAAGUCUUCUGCGUUUUACUGUAUGACUCUAAAAUUCCACCAAGUGGCCAAGGUGGACAGACCAAUGGGAGCAGAACAAUGAAUUGAAAUGAAGCAUUCAAUCAUUAUGCAAACAUUUUUCAAAUUUUCACAUAUAGUUAUUUGUGUACAGUAUUGUAAAGUGCCGUUUGCCUUGUUAAAAACUUGAUGUACAGUUUUCUUUUAUUUUUUGACGGAGGCUCGAACAGAUUCAUGUCAUUUUCAUUUGUUUCGGUGGCAAGUGAUGAUUUGAGAUGUUUUGAGUGUUGCCACAGAGCAAAUUAAUGUGUAUCUCAAGGCACCACUGUAUUUCUUUUUACAUCAGAAAGUGUUUGUACUUUUUCUAUCUUUAAACUCAUUAUCAAAAGCAUCCAAAAACAUGAUCACAAGUCAAAAGAAAUGGCCUUUACCUGUUUUUCGACUGCCCGUCCUCUUUGCUGCCAACAAUGGAAUCAGUUUAUUCACUUCAUUAGGGCCACUGCGUUACUGUUAACAUUUGGAAACGUAUUUUUAGUGCUUUGUGUUUCUUGACCACUUUCUAUUUCAUUCUCUAAUUUGCUUUUCUUUCUAUGUUGCAUUUAUUUAUUGACCUUAUUGUUUUUUGGAGUGACCUCAAUGUCGUCAGUGUCAUAUUGUAUACCAGUGGCCGGGUUCUUUUUGUCCCAAGAUUGGAUUGUGCGAUUUUUAAUGUUAUUGAACUGUGAAGCUCUUCAGGAGUCAACUUGUUCCAGUUAUUAUUUGAAGUUGAAAAGAAAAGGCUCUGACUCAGCUACUGGUUUGUGUAAAUAGAUCUUUUGUUGGAGUGCACCAUUUAAAAAAAAAAUAAAGCUUGACCAAAUCAAUAAUUUAUUCAUUUUUAAAUAAGUACCCUUUUAAAUAGCCAGCUUUUGGGUGAGUACAAAUUAUUUUCUGGUCUUGUAUAAAAGGGAAAAAAAAACUGUACUUCUGGAUCAUUUCCGUUGCCUUAUCACACGUAUAGAUCAUGAAGCAAGUGGGUAGCAUCCAGCAGCAUUUAAAAUGAAAUCAAUGUUUUGGUGUUGUUUUACUGUAAAUAAAUUCUACGGUAAAUUGGU